AUGGGAAUUAAAACCUUGCUUCCUUUUCUGAAAGACGUCACUGAAAACAGCUAUUUAGACAGUUUUAAAGGUCUCGUGGCGGCCGUAGAUGCGUCUUGUUGGUUACACAAGGCCAUUGCGAUCAGUUAUUCGCAAUUCGGAGACGAUCGAAGGUGAGAACUUUUAAUAUGAAAGUUUUACUAUGUCUUAAUUUGUAUUGCAUUUUAACUAAUGUUUUUACUUCUUAGAGUGAAGGAGAUCUGCAAUUCUUAUCUGGAUCUACUGGAAAGGAAUAAAAUUCGACCGUUGGUCGUGUUCGACGGAUUGCCGCUACCGGGCAAGGACAGAGAGCGUGAUAACAGAGCAAUGUGAGAGAAUUUUUUUGCAUUGACAGUUGAAGCUCAGUUCAAAUAUUUAAGCCUUUUGUCUAAUUUUCUUUAGUAGAAAUGAUUUUUUUUCAGCAGACAUUGAUCUCCCAUAAAUCUUCUUCCUUUAGGCAAAGAAAACAACAACAGCAAAAAGCUGACCAACUUCGGCGCAGUGGAAAGGUGACUGAGGCAAGAAACGCUUUGGCUGCAGCUGCAGAAAUUAACCACGAUCUCGUCUGUGGGUUUAUUCAAGUAAGUCUAAGUCUCAAUUUUGGCAUAAAGUUUAUCAUUUCAGUAAGCUUAAAAUACAUUUUUUUCUAGACUUCUUAAUAAUUAAAUAUUGUAUUGUUUUUAAUUAAAAAUUGAAUGACCUCGUUAAGAUAAUUUUUUAUUCUUUUCAUUUAUAGACUUGCCGACAAAAGUCUAUUGAUUAUGUGGUAGCUCCGUACGAGGCUGAUGCAGAGAUAGCAUUACUUUAUGAGCAUGCUAUGUAG